CGUGGCAUAUGGCUCCGCCCCCUUUCGCGGUCUCAAAGCGGACGGCGGCCGCGGGGGCGGGGUCAGAACUCGGGCGGCGGAUCCCAGCGCGGCUCCUUGGAUUCCGCCGCCGAGCAGCGCCCCGGCGGGGCCGAGCAGGAGCUGCACCAUGGAUUCCUUCAAGGUGGUGCUGGAGGGGCCAGCACCUUGGGGCUUCCGGCUGCAGGGGGGCAAGGACUUCAAUGUGCCCCUCUCCAUCUCUCGGCUCACUCCUGGAGGUAAAGCUGCGCAGGCCGGUGUGGCGGUGGGCGACUGGGUGCUGAGCAUAGAUGGAGAGAAUGCAGGGGGCCUCACACACAUUGAAGCUCAGAACAAGAUACGUGCCUGCGGGGAGCAUCUCAGCUUGGGUCUUAGCAGGGCCCAGCCCGCGCAAAGCAAACCGCAGAAGGUAGGUGAUGGGCCGAGGACAUCUGGGCUGCAGGCAGGGUGGGAUUGGAUGUCCGGGUUGACCUGCCCUUCUGGUGCAGCCUCGGUACCUUCAUCCCUAGCCGAGAGUAGAGGGCGGAGGCCCUACCUUAGACCAGAUGUGUGGGGGGAAAAGUAUGUCCUGGAGCUGCAGAGCCCACGCUACACCCGCCUCCGGGACUGGCACCACCAGCGCUCUGCCCACGUGCUCAACUCUUGUGCAACAGACCAGCCAGCUAGAACCUGGCUAACAGAAGCCGCCCUACCCAUCCCUACCCCAGUGGGACCUGGAGUCCCACCCAGCAGCUCUUGUGCACCCAGGCAUCUCCCAUGGGGCCAGCAGGACCGUGGUGGGGUGGGGCCAUGCCAGGAGCCUCCGCCGUGCAGGGCCUUGAAUGGCAGAUCUUGCAGCCAGGUGCCCAGGACAGAAGCCCCAGCCCCAGCCUCAGCUACACCCCAGGAACCCUGGCCUGGCCCUACCACCCCCAGCCCCACCAGCCGCCCACCCUGGGCUGUGGACCCUGCAUUUGCUGAACGCUACGCCCCGGACAAGACCAGCACGGUGCUGACCCGGCACACCCAGCCAGCCACACCCACACCUCUGCAGAACCGCACCUCCAUUGUGCAGGCAGCUGCCGGAGGGGGCCCUGGAGGGGUCGGUGGCAGCAACGGCAAGACUCCCGUGUGCCACCAGUGCCACAAGGUCAUCCGGGGCCGCUACCUGGUGGCGCUGGGCCACGCGUACCACCCCGAGGAGUUCGUGUGCAGCCAGUGUGGGAAGGUCCUGGAAGAGGGUGGCUUCUUCGAGGAGAAGGGCGCUAUCUUCUGCCCGCCCUGCUAUGACGUGCGCUACGCACCCAGCUGUGCCAAGUGCAAGAAGAAGAUCACAGGCGAGAUCAUGCACGCCCUGAAGAUGACCUGGCACGUGCAUUGCUUCACCUGCGCGGCCUGCAAGACACCCAUUCGGAACAGGGCCUUCUACAUGGAGGAAGGGGCGCCCUACUGCGAGCGAGACUAUGAGAAGAUGUUUGGCACAAAAUGCCGAGGCUGUGACUUCAAGAUUGAUGCUGGGGACCGCUUCCUGGAGGCGCUGGGCUUCAGCUGGCACGAUACAUGCUUCGUGUGCGCGAUAUGUCAGAUCAACCUGGAAGGAAAGACUUUCUACUCCAAGAAGGACAAGCCCCUGUGCAAGAGCCACGCCUUCUCCCACGUGUGAGCCCCUCCCGCCCAUUGCUGCCGGCCAUGCCUGCCGGAGGGGCCCUGGUUCUGGAGUCAUCGCCCCAGAUUUCUGGGUAGGGCUAGCAAAAGUUGCCCCAACCCCGACUCCUGGCCUGAGCCUGGGGUUCCCAGGACCCUGCCCCACCCCCUUCACCUCCCCCCACCCCCCUUCACCACCACUGCACACUGGUGCUGGCCACACCGGCCCCUGUUCACAUCCAGUGCCACAAUAAAUCUGUAUCCAGCUGUG